AUGGCAUUAGUCUUUCACGCCCUCUUGGGUUUAAUAUUACUACUCGUUCUUCCUUUGCUGCCUCAUUAUGUUAAAGGAAAUCGAAAUUCAUGGGAAAACACCAAGGGCGAAAUUCAUGUAGUGGGUCGCAAUCACAGGCCAAGGUUCGCUACCGGCCCUUGGAAGCAUGCUCACGCCACAUCCUAUGAAGGUGGCGCCGGAACCCUUGGAGGAGCUUGCGGCUACGAAGAUGUAGUUAAAGAAGGCUAUGGCUUGGACACAGCAGCAUUGAGCAAUGCAUUGUUCAACAAUGGCCAGGGUUGUGGUUCAUGUUAUGAAAUCAAAUGUGUGGAAAAUCCUCAGUGGUGCAAACCAGGACAGCCGUCUCUUUUUGUUACGGCCACCAACAAUUGCCCCCCAAAUAACCAGCUGUCUGGUGAUAAUGGAGGAUGGUGCAAUCCACCUCUCGAGCAUUUCGAUAUAGCCAGGUCUUCAUUCAACAAAAUAGCAGAGGACAAGGCCGGGAAAACUCCUGUCAUUUACCGCAGGGUUCCAUGCCAAAAGCAAGGAGGUAUGAAGUUCACAAUAACAGGGAAUCCUUACUUCAACCAGGUGUUGGUGUGGAACGUCGCAGGUGCCGGAGAUGUGACCAGCGUCGAAGUUAAGGGCCACAAGAACCUGAAAUGGACGCCGUUGAGGCGGCUUUGGGGUCAGAAGUGGGUGACUGACCAGAAAAUGGUUGGUGAGAAACUGACCUUCCGAGUUAGAACGAGUGAUAGAAGAUCCUCAACCUCAUGGCAUAUAGUCCCUGAAGACUGGCAGUUUGGCCAAACCUUCGAAGGCAGGAAUUUCCUCUAG